UCACUGCAUCAUACAAAAGACAGCGGGAUGGCGGCUUCCUCGAUGCGAGACCUCAUUACAUGGCCCGGAAGACGGAUGGGUUCAUAGAUGAUAUAUGGAACGGACGACGACGAACAAAAGUUCAUAGCAAAAUCUUUUUUUUUUUUUUGGUGAACAAGCAAGCAUAUCUUCCUGUCCUGACCCGCUUGAUUCCCAUUUCUUGAUGAGGAUAUAGUAAUAGUAUACAGAUUGAAGUUGAAUUCUUAGUCCUACCUUCAUGUGGACAGAUUGAUGCUUCAGCUUGACGGGUCUGCUUUGUAUCUGUCUCUGAAUAUUCGAACCUUAUCCGUCCACUUGUUCGAGCUCGGGAGCUUGCGCUAGCAGCCAUCACGCCCAAGGAUGCUCCCUCAAUGUUACAACGUAGCGAUAUCAUGUGAAGCUCUCGUUCGCAUCCCUCUUCUCGGCAGUAACCAUCACAGACAGCAGUAUCGCCCCUGCCCGAGUAUUGGUCCUAGGAGGUUGAUGAUGGGGUCUAACUAUGAGUCAAAUGGUAUCUGGAGGCAUCCUUGUCCUAUGAAUAUGAAUGUGGUGACUUCUUCGAGAAGUUCUUGUCCAAUAAAUGCAGUGGUGCUUGGCGAAGCCCUUGCUUCGGAGGAAAGUGAACUUGUCUUCCCAAGUAAAGAUUUCUCCGGUCAGGCCAUGGUUGCCUCCCUUGAAAAGUACUUGGAGAUGUACAAAAGGUCCAUUGAAGACCCUGCUGGGUUUUGGUCCGAUAUUGCAUCGCAGUUCUACUGGAAGGAGAAGUGGGGCAAGCAAGUUUACUCUGAGAAUCUUGAUGUGAGGAAAGGAGAUAUCAAGAUCGAGUGGUUCAAGGGAGGUAUUACCAACAUUUGCUAUAAUUGCUUGGAUAGGAAUGUGGAAACUGGGAACGGGGACAAAAUUGCCAUUUACUGGGAAGGAAAUGAGCCAGGCUCUGAUGGCAGCUUAACUUAUUCACAACUCCUGCAAAAAGUUUGCCAGCUUGCAAAUUACUUAAAAGAUGUUGGGGUGAAGAAGGGUGAUGCUGUGGUGGUUUAUCUGCCAAUGCUAAUGGAACUCCCAAUAACAAUGCUUGCAUGUGCUCGAAUUGGUGCCAUUCACUCGGUUGUAUUUGCUGGUUUUUCUUCAGAAUCCCUCGCUCAGAGGAUCAUGGAUUGCAAACCGAAGGCUGUUAUUACUUGCAAUGCUGUUAAAAGAGGGCCUAAGGUCAUAUAUCUUAAGGGCAUCGUUGAUACUGCUCUUGCUGAAUCAGCUAAAAGUGGGAUAUCCAUUGAUGUCUGCCUAACCUAUGAAAAUCAGUCGGCCAUGAUGAGAGGCGAAACCAAAUGGCAGGAAGGAAGAGACAUUUGGUGGCAGGAUGUGGUUCCUAAAUAUCCAACUACUUGUGAAGUGGAGUGGGUUGAUGCAGAAGAUCCCCUCUUCCUCCUUUAUACCAGCGGAAGCACAGGGAAGCCAAAGGGUGUUCUGCAUACGACUGGUGGGUAUAUGGUAUACACUGCGACCACAUUUAAGUAUGCAUUCGACUACAAGCCUUCCGAUGUUUACUGGUGCACAGCAGAUUGUGGUUGGAUCACAGGGCACAGCUACGUCACUUAUGGACCUAUGCUGAACGGAGCAACGGUUAUAGUCUUUGAAGGGGCACCAAGUUAUCCAGAUCCAGGACGAUGUUGGGAUAUUGUGGACAAGUACAAGGUGACGCUUUUCUACACUGCUCCCACAUUGGUUCGAUCCCUCAUGCGAGCUGGGGAUGAGUAUGUGACGCGAUAUUCUCGCAAAUCAUUACGGGUCCUUGGAAGUGUUGGAGAGCCUAUCAACCCAAGCGCUUGGAGGUGGUUCUUCAACGUGGUCGGGGAUUCGAGGUGUCCCAUAUCUGACACUUGGUGGCAAACUGAGACUGGGGGCUUCAUGAUAACUCCACUUCCCGGUGCCUGGCCUCAGAAGCCCGGUUCUGCUACCUUUCCUUUCUUUGGAGUUCAGCCAGCAAUAGUGGACGAGAAGGGGCUUAAACUUGAAGGCGAGUGCAGUGGGUACCUUUGUGUGAAGAGCUCGUGGCCGGGAGCAUUUCGCACCUUAUAUGGGGAUCACGAACGAUAUGAAACCACCUACUUCAAGCCAUUCCCAGGCUAUUAUUUCAGUGGCGAUGGAUGCAGCAGGGACAAGGAUGGAUACUACUGGCUUACUGGUAGAGUCGAUGACGUAAUCAACGUCAGGUACCACUCUUACCUUCCAUGGGCUGCCUAUUCAAAGAUGAAACUUUCAAUCUGGGACUUUGUAUUUAUCACUAAUAAAUUCCCGGUGAUCCGAACAUGUGGUAGUGGCCAUCGUAUUGGCACGGCAGAAGUUGAAUCAGCUCUCGUUUCCCACCCGCAGUGUUCUGAAGCUGCUGUGGUCGGUGUCGAGCACGAGGUCAAGGGACAGGGAAUCUAUGCCUUUGUUACACUUGCCGACGGUGUCCCUUACAGCGAAGAACUUCGGAAGAGUCUCGUCGUCACCGUGAGAAAGCAGAUCGGAGCAUUUGCAGCACCAGACAAGAUUCACUGGGCACCUGGCCUCCCAAAGACCCGAAGCGGGAAGAUAAUGAGGCGAAUUCUUAGGAAGAUCGCUUCUCGACAAUUAGACGAGCUGGGGGACACAAGCACUCUGGCUGAUCCGUCUGUUGUUGAUCAGUUAAUUGCACUCAGUGAUAGCUAGAGUGGGCUUGAUUACUAGGAAGGUUGUAGAAAUCCAUCUAUUCCUGGGAAGUGCUCGGUCCUCAGGCGACAAUUGGAACAAUCCUGCUCCUGCCAAUUUCUAGACUUGCGCCAAAUAAUAUACCUGUUCAGGUUCUGCUCUCCUGAAACUGCUCGGUUCGAAAACUGGCAAACGCGUAUAGACACAAUAGUGUAUCUGGUUUACUUUCACUUAUGUCAUUCAGCUUGAAGUAUGACUAAUACAAGGUUUCUUCC